AUGUACAUACCCCAGACGAACUCUCUCCACCCCGACUCCCCUCUGGCCUCGGCUUCAAGGCUCGAGUUCGACCUCAAGUCCGUCUACGAGUUUAUCAGACAUCGUAAUCUCCCUCUUCCCAAUUCAGCUUCGUCCGGGGCACACCGGAUUCUUACCCGUACCUUCGGUGCGCUCCCGGCUGCCUACGAGCAUGCAUCGAGCCUACGGAAACGAUCAGGGGCAAGUGUAAACACGACAAUUGGUGUUGUGGUUGGCAUUCUCCUGGCAGUCUUCCUGAUCGGCUUUUUUACCUUUGUAUACUUCUACGGAAAGUCAGCUCGCUUCAGCCGUAAAAGGCGGCAUCGUCGCAAAUCUUCCGGCUCGAAGAAUUCUAAGAACUCGGAAGGCGCUGCCGGCGGAGGCGAACCCCCAGCGGCUGCGUAG